UAGUUGUCAAGGUUAGCAUGGUUUGGCAAGAUUUCGAAUCGAUGACUCCGAGAUACGAAUUGGCCGUCGGCCUCAAUAAGGGCCACAAAACGACGAAGAUUCGAGUGUCUAAAAUCAAAAAUAUACCCACGAAGGAAAGGACCAAGACCGUAUGCGUACGACCGUCCAGGAUAAAAGGGAGACAAACCAAGCACAGCAAGUUCGUAAGGGAUCUGAUCCGGGAAGUCACAGGACAUGCCCCUUAUGAGAAGCGCGCUAUGGAAUUGCUGAAGGUGUCGAAGGACAAACGCGCCUUGAAAUUCUUGAAGAGAAGGUUGGGUACACACAUCCGUGCCAAGAGGAAGCGAGAGGAGCUCGGAAAUAUUCUGGUACAGAUGAGGAAAGCAGCUCAUCAUUAAUUAUAUCCGUUAAAAUUGUAUAAUUGUCAAUAAUU